GACCGCUAGAGGCGAAGCCAUUGGAGCUCGUAGGGAGCAGAAAAUUUGCAAGUGAACCGAUCUGAGGUACGACACGGGGCAGAGUAAACGAACUCCUCCAUGGAGGUAGGACAACACAAUUCUCCGGUAAGCGAGUCACCGUUCGUGCACACGGCAUUCUCAGUGAAGCUCGGAAUCACUCGUGCCUCGCGCCAUGCAACGCUGCACGAUGCCACGACAUUAUCAAGCAUCCGUAGUACUACGCAUCAAUUGCUUCGCAUCGUAUCUUCGACAACAGACAUCAACCAAUUCACGACUCAGCAUCUUUCACUCCAACAACAUCAAGCCUUCCAACCUCCACUUCGCCAAUCCCCAUUUCCUCAACCAUGACCAACCCUUCCACGCUUCAUCCAUCAAAACUCCAGAAAGACACACGGCAACAAUGACAAACUCCAAUUCCACCACCACCACAACAAAUGGCACUCAUACCAACAGCAUCACCCUCAGUUCCCUAAUCUCCCAAGCCAAUGUCAUCGCCGCCCAAGCCCACUCCCGCCAGGACUUUUGGAACACCUUCAACAUCCGCUCCGAAGAAAACCUUUACAAGUUUGAAAUCGCCCGUCGUCUCCUCGUCAGUGACUCUGACUUUGCGCUCAAACUCCUUCAAAUCACCCUUGAGGUUGCCGAACAAGUUGAUCGUGACAGUGAAAAUCUACUUGCUGGAAAGUAAGGUCAGGAGGUUGAGCUUGAGGGGUUGAAGAGGGAUGUUGGUAUGCUUAAGAGGUGAGUUUUAGAAAGUCAGAAAGCUGAAGGCUGAACAGAGGGAGAUGAACAGCGAGUAUCUGAAACCUCAGCAGGACAAGUUCUUCAUUGAGAUGGUUUCAAGAAGCAUCUAAGAGUCUUUGAACUUCUGCUGGACAGAAGCACAAAGAGGACUCGGACUGAGCCAUAGUUACUAUUGCCCCUGGAAGUCGUGCUUCUAUCAGGUAGACUUCUUACAGUUCCUCGGGAAGAGGUGCCCGCUGAAUUAGCUCACAUGCACAUAUCACAUUUGGACUCACUCUCAAAGUGGUGGUACCUUG